GUGGAUUUGACAAAUGCCAUCUAUACUCAUGUCCAAUUGCAUCAUUGUCGUCAGGUGGUUUUAUAUAAGAUGGAAAUAGCAAAGAGUAUUUAAGUUCCCUUAGGGCUUAAAGAGUGUCAUUUUGUUCUAUUAGCUUUGGUUCUCAAUUUCUAGAGGAUUUUAAGUUUUGGGUGAACACCUCUUGCUUUCUUAAGAUUGCCUAAUUAUAAAUUAUUUAAUGUAGGGAGACCUCUUUAGCAUUUCAGUUCCCGGACUUAGAAAAUUUAUUUUAAAAUCUUUAUAGUAAUGAAAGUAAAAUAUUUAUCCUUAUUUACUCUGAUGUCAUCAGCUUUACCGACGGAAGAUAUAGCACGUGACAGCAUGUGUAGGAACGAUAAUUUCAACGUCUCAAGCAAGGCAUUUCCGUCGUUGCUGCUUUGUAUGUGUGUCGACAUUGCUCUACAUGUGCGUCGGCGAGAGGUGAGGCAAAGGCCUUGCGUCUCGCUGAUGCAGAUGUAGAGCCGCGCUGGAGGAGGAAGAGGAGGGAGUGCGACGGCGGGAGAUGAGCCAAAGAGAGAGGAGGAAGAGGACGAGGAUGAUGGCAACAUCGACGUAGAUGCAUAGCGGUGUCGCUGUGCUCUAGAUCUAUUGCUUCUGCUUUGCAUUGCCCUGCAUCUACGCCAGUGUCAACGCAGAUGCAAAUUGGUGCCAACGCAGAUGCAAACCAUCGACAUCUACGUUGACAUCUACGACUUCUGCUCUGCAUCGGCCUGCAUUUGCGUUGGCGCUGAUGCAAAUGCAAACGAUGUAGAUGUAGAGCGUCGACAUAUGUGGCUUCUACUCUGCAUCGCCUUGCAUCUGCGUCGACGUCAACGUAGAUACAGGCGACGAAAGGGAGAAGAAGGAUAAGGGAUCGAGGAAGGGAGGCAGAAGGAUGAACGUCGCUCUGCAUUUACAUCGGCACCGACGCAGAUGCAGAGCAGAGCAACGCUGCUAUGCAUCUGCGUCGACACCGUUUUACAUAUGCAUCGGUGCAACCAUCAUCCUCGUCCUCUUCCCCCUCUCCCUUUGUCUUACCCCCCGCUGUCGCUCUCCCUCCUCGUCCUCCUCCUCCCCCCGCAAGAAGUUACAUAAGUUCCUCAACUCCACCUCCAAGAUUCCACCCUGCCCGUCUCUGUAGACAUCCCUACGUCGUUCUCGUUGACCAUCACCACAAUAGCCACCCACAGCCCUCGGUGGCACUGUCGGUCGCCAUUAUUACAACAGUCGAUUAAGAAGUUUUAAUUAUGGCAUAACAAAAGAAAACAUAAUUAGGAUGUUGAAAUUACCUUUUUGCCCAUUGUUUUCGUGUCAUUCCUGUAUGUAUUGUCAUGUGUUGUAUCUUCCGUCGGUAAAGCUGACGGUGUUAGGGUAAAUGGAGUUAAAUGCUUUUAUAUGUAUAGGGAUUCCAAUAUAAAUUUUUUAAGUCUAGAAACCGGGAUGCUAAAGAGAUCUAACCACAGGAGCUAAUUUGUAAUUAGCCCUAAAGCUCAAGCUAUCAUAGAUUCUUGCUACAGUAACAUAUGUUAUGUUGUAUAGAUAAGUUGCAGGUUUCAAGAGUAGGUUAGCUUUAUAUAGAUGUUUCAAGCUAAUUACACAUAACUACUUGUUCAAUCUUUGAAAUCUAUUGGUUAGAUAUAUACAUUUAUUCUUAUCAAAAAGCAUCUGCAAUAGCAAAUUAAUAUACAUGCUUGAUUCUUUCUUGAAGUUGCUUAUAGCAUGUUGAUUAUAGUAAAUAAUGCUCUUUAGACAACAUUUGCUAGUUCGAAUAAUUAAGCAAUCAGCUUGUUAAGUCUAAACCCAAAAUGUUUAGACAUCAAUUAAUGGUAGAUCCAUCAUACUUUUAUAAGUCAAUCUAAGUCUUAAUCUACUUUCGAUGUGAGAGAAAAUUGAGGUGUUAUAAUCUUCCCGACUUAAUGACUUGACGUCCUCGUCAAGAUCCAAUAUAUCCCAGAAUUGGACUUUGGCAUGGUGCACAUGAGACCUAACUUAGUGGUGGCUUUGAAUCGUGACUUGUUCUCUAUCUCAUCCACAAGUAGCACUUACGUACUCGAGUCCCUCACUAUGCUUAGUACUGGUCAACCUUGAUAUGAUUUGUCACGAUGCAGCAUGAUGUAGUGAUUAACCCAUUAACUCAUUGAGUCAAGCCCAAAAUGUUUAAGUCCAAGCUGAUGGCUAUCAGGAUCUUAUAAGUCAAUCUAAGUCGUAGAGGUAAAGCUCUAUCAUUAAAAUUACUUUGAGUUUUGAAGCAAAUUAGAGAAUAAAUGAUUAUUUAGAUUAUCUUAGAAGAUAGAAUAUGCAUGAAAAUAUAAAAAUGAAAACACGUAAGAAGAGAAGCAAAUAAAUUUUUGGGUUUUUAGAUAGGUUCACUUUUCCUUGGCUCUAAGUUGUGGACAUUUGUCUGUCCACUGAAGAUUUUUACUAAUGAAGAAUCAGGCUGAAGGAAACUGAAGUGUAAGUGAUAAAGACAACUUCCGUUUUAAUGAGCUUAGCAGCACCAAAAAGCCCUCUUAAGUUUGUGCAGGUAGAAGCCAUUUGUGUCAACAGUGCUCCCGGUGGAACUAGUCAAUCUGGAGAAGGCUUCACAGCCUUGAGUUGAUGCAUUCUUUAAGAUUAAUAGAUCUGCCCCUGUGCAUGGUUUACCUGGUCAUGAUGCACACUAGAUGGGCUGGGCCCUUGAAUGGAUCUGACGUCCCUCAAGUUCUAUGACAUCUAGCAGCAAAAUCUAAGGGCAUGGUUCAGAGUUUAUUGUUGUGCCUGGAUGACCUAUGCAGUGUGCAUCACAAUGAUUCAAGAGAAAAGGCAGCAAGCAGAGGACUUGGCCUUACCGCAGACAUCAUUGACCACUGUAAAUUGGUCCUUAAAUUUCCUGAAGGCACAAAUAGUACAUGGUAUAAUGCACAGUUUAAAAUUUUUGAGCCACUGGAGUAUAAAUAUGAUGUCUGUGAAGCCAUUCUUCUAUGGGAACAGUAUCGUAACAUGACUACGGUCUUGACAAGGGAAUACCUAGAUGUACGACCGGAUGGAUGGUUAGAUUAUGCUGCAAAAAGAAUUGCACAGUUGGGUGCAGAUAAAUGUUAUAAUCGCUCUAUUUGUGAGGAGCAUCUAAACUUAAUAUUACCUGCAAAGCCUCCCUUCCAUCCCCAGCAGUUUCGGACAUGUGCAGUGGUUGGGAAUUCUGGGGAUCUCUUAAAAACAGAAUUUGGACUGGAGAUUGAUGGGCAUGAUGCAGUCUUUCGAGAUAAUGAGGCUCCUGUUAAUGAGAAAUAUGCCAAACAUGUUGGACUGAAAAGGGACUUUCGCCUAGUUGUAAGAGGCGCUGCUCGUAACAUGGUUGCUAUUCUCGAUGGAUCUUCUGAUGAGGUGCUUAUAAUCAAGAGCGUAACACACAGAGAUUUCAAUGCAAAGAUAAAGGAACUUCCAAAUCCUGUUUAUCUUUUCCAAGGUAUCGUCUUAAGAAGGGGUGCUAAGGGAACCGGAAUGAAGUCCAUAGAAUUGGCUCUCUCCAUGUGUGACAUUGUUGAUAUAUAUGGUUUUACGGUGGAUCCCGGCUAUACAGAAUGGACACGGUACUUCUCGACCCCCAGGAAGGGGCACAAUCCAUUGCAAGGAAGGGCUUAUUAUCAACUACUGGAGUGCCUCGGUGUCAUCAGGAUCCAUUCUCCUAUGAGAGCUCCGAGGAAGCAGGAUUGGUCAGAUGUGCCAGGCAAAGAAAUCAUAACAAGUGCUCACAUGGCUGCGUUGCGUUUGAAAAGAGAAAAAACUGACCAAGAAGGUGAUUUGGGACCCUUUGGUAAUUGCAAGGUAUGGGGUACGGCAGACCGAGAUGGACCAGUGUCAGGAUCUCCCGACAUGGCUGACGCUCGCAGCAAGUCAAAUUACAGUAAGUGGGAGCUCCUGCCACAUGAGAGCUUAAGAAAGGAAGCACAAAAACAUUAUGCCCAGAUGGGUCGCGUUUCUCUUUACAAAAUGGACGGGAACAAACUGGAUGAUCUCGUCUGUGUGAGGCACAGCUUUUAAUCUGAAGUUUAGAGAUAAAUAGGGGUUCUGGUUCAACUAUCGGUCCCAUGAAGAGACAGACAGGGGAGCAAGUGGAAUGAAGCUGCAUUAGUGCUCGAGGAGGUUAGGUUAGAGAGCAGGCCUUAGUGCUCCGCAGGACGAAACUAUUAUUACAAAGCAAGAGUGGCUUCUGCUUUAUUGGAUGGAUUGAAUUGGGAGACUGCAGAACUUCUCCCUCGAGAAUAUUUACUCAAAGACAUUUCCAGGCAAUAUCGAUGCUUUCAUUCAUUUGUAACGGUCGUUUCAACUUUUCAUUCGACGAUCACCUUGUUCUUCCUAUAGCAUCUUCUGGUGGUACCAAUCAUACAACGUUUGCUACAAAAGCAUUAAAUAGUAUAGCAAUUGUUUCUGUCA